GCUCCGGUGGCGGUGGUGGCGGCGAAGGAGGAGGUUUCGGAUUCGGUGGAGGUGUUGGGGACAAGUCCCUCGGGUUCGCCGGUAACGAGAAGCAGCACAUGCACAACCUGAACGACCGCCUGGCAACCUACAUGGAGAAGGUUCGCCAGCUGGAGGCCACCAAUAACCAGCUGGAGGAGAAGCUGAAGACUUUCACCUUCAACAAGGUCGAGGCGCACGACCUGACCAUCUACAACGCAACACUCAAACCACUCAAGGAGCAGGUAGGCGUUAAAACUAUCUCUCUCCGUCUCUCUCUCCCUCUCUUUCUCGCUCUCGGAGCGCGCUUGCCAUUUGUACAAGUUGUGCGUAAAAGCGCACAAGAACUAGCCCACUGGGCACACACUGGUUCAAUCAACUUUGUUUCCACGUCAUUUCAAUGAAAUUACGUUGAACCAACGUGGGACAGACGUUGAAUUGACAUACAGUAUGUGCCCACUGCGAAAUGUUUUGGGAUGUUUUUUCCCAAAAAUAAUAUCCAGUAUUGUAGAUGAUCUUAUCUAUAUUUGAUAUAGUCAUAUAUGUUUGAGUACAUUAUGGGUACGUUAUUGAGUACAUUAUGAUAUAGUCAUAUAUGUUUGAGUACAUUAUGGGUACGUUAUUGAGUAACAAAAUGUCCCCAGUUGGUCAAAUGUUUGUUCGUUUACUAUUCUUGUGGGGACUUCUGGUCCCCACAAGAAUAGUUAAACAUGUGCAUACACACAAACACACAAACACACACACACAUACACACACACACACACACACAAACACACACACAAACACACAAACACACACACACACACACACACAAACACACACACACUGUGGCUGACUCCUGUCUCUGUCUGCAGCUCAUGGGUUUCCUGAUACAGAACACUCAGAUUGCUGUGGAGAUAGACAAUGCCAAGCUGACUGCUGACGACUUCAGAGUCAAGUAGGAUGGAUGGAUGAAUAGAUGGAUGAAUGGAUGGAUGGAUGGAUAGAUGGAUGCAUGAAUGGAUGGAUGGAUGAAUGAAUGAAUUAAUUAAUGAAUGGAUGAUUGGAUGGAUGAAUGGAUGCAUGAAUGGAUGGUUGGAUGAAUACUUUAGUGUCCCAUAGGGACAUUUCCUUGGCAACAUUUUGAGUAGAUUGUCAUGGAAACUUGAUUGAAUGAUUUUCUUCAUUAAGGUAUCUCAUUGAUACAUACUGGACAAAUCCUGAUUAAUGUCAUUAACAAACAGUGAAACAUGUUUUAAGUCCUGGAGGAGAAUGUUUCUUUACGCACCACUCCCACACAGUUGUAACCUAAUAGAAUGAAUCAAAAAUAAAUACACUAUGUAUCAAUGAAGUAGAUACCAAUAAAGAAAAUAAUUCAAUCAGCUGUAUCCUAUAGAUGGUCCAAUCAGCUCUAUUCAUGACUUCAUACUGAUCUUCUCCUGUAGCCCCAAUCUAUUGGCCAAUUUGUCGUCAGGAAAUGGCAAAUACGUGAAUUAGAAGACACAGCUGUUAGCCUGGAACCAGUGUGUUUGUGCUAACAUUUCCACUCCUUUUUACUCCGUGUCACAUUCCAAACAUGGAGUGGCAAGGACUGGAACGAUAGCACAAACAGACAGUUAACCCAGGCUAACAGCUGUGCUUGGGAGAUUAAAUGCUCACUGUUAUCAUAGGCUACUUCUAUAGGGACUUUGCUUGUCGUUGUAACCCAGCUGAUUUCUUAAUUAUCUAUCACUCUCAGAUUACAAAACAUACACUAUAUAUACAAACGUAUGUGGACACCCCUUAAUAUUAGUGGAUUAGGCUAUUUCAGCUACACUUGUUGCUGACAGGUGUAUAAAAUCGAGCACACAGCCAUGCAUUCUCCAUAGACAAACAUUGGCAAUAGAAUGGCCUUGCUGAAGAGCUCAGUGACUUUCAACGUGGCACUGUCAUAGGAUGCCAUCUUUCCAACAUCUCAGUUCGUCAAAUUUCUACCCUUCUAGUGCUGCCCCGGUCAACUGUAAGUGCUGUUAUUGUGAAGUGGAAACGUCUAGAAGCAACAACGGCUCGGCCGCGAAGUGGUAGGCCACACAAGCUCACAGAACAGGACUGCCAAGUGCUGAAGCGCGUAGCAUGUAAAAAUCGUCUGUCCUCGGUUGCAACACUCACUACUGAGUUCCAAACUGCAUCCGGAAGGAACGUCAGCACAAUAACUGUUCGUCAGCAGCUUCAUGAAAUGGGUUUCCAUGGCCGAGCAGCCGCACACAAGCCUAAGAUCACCAUUCGCAUUGCUAAAAGUCGGCUGGAAUGGUGUAAAACUCGCCCCCAUUGGACUCUGAAGCAGUGGAAAAACGUUCACUGGAGUGAUGAAUCACACUUCACCAGUUUUAGUGAAGGGAAAUCUUAACGCUACAGCAUACAAUGACAUUCUAAACGAUUCUGUGCUUCCAACUAGGUGGCAACAGUUUGAGGAAGACCCUUUCCUGUUUCAGCAUGACAAUGCCCCCAUGCACAAAGCGAGGUCCAUACAGAAAUGGGUUGUCGAGAUCGGUGUGGAAGAACCUGACUGGCCUGCACAGAGCCCUGACCUGAACCCCAUCGAACACCUUUGGGAUGAAUUGGAACGCGACUGCGAGCCAGUCCUAAUCGCCCAACAUCAGUGCCCAACCUCACUAAUGCUCUUGUGGCUGAACGGAAGCAAGUCCCCGCAGCAAUGUUCCAACAUCUAGUGGAAAGCCUUCCCAGAAGAGAGGAGGCUGUUAUUACAGCAAAGGGGGGACCAACUCCAUAUGAAUGCCCAUGGUUUUGGAAUGAGAUGUUCGACAAGCAUGUGUCCACAUACUUUUGGCCAUGUAGUGUAUAUUUCUUAUAACAAAACCAUGGCAGUUAUCGAGUUUUCCUGGCCCGGUGUUGAAAUCAUAUCACUAGAUUGAUUCUGUUUCUAUGGUUGAAAUGCUCACUGUGUGUAGCGUGUAGGCUAUGAAAUAGUACUAUUGGGCCUUAUCUUGCAGUUAUCAAUCAAUCAAUUAAUCAAUCAAUCAAUCUCAGUCAUUUCUUAAAGCCCUUUUUACAUCAGCAGUUGUCACAAAGUGAUUUACAGACACCCAGCCUAAAACCCCAAAGAGUUAACGGAUCUCUCACUCGUCUCUCUGGGCCUGUUCAGGAGAACGUUACAAGACGUUCUGAUAGAAAUGUAUGGUGUAGAACAGAAAUGAUUCUGUCACACUGAAUAUGGUGUCGUCUCUAUUCACACUGUAUCUCUGCCAGAUGGGAGAAUGAGAAGUCUUUGCGCCAGUGUGUGGAGGGGGACAUCGGGGGUCUGAGGAACCUGCAGCGGGAGUUUGAGAUGAACAUCACAGCCAUGAUGCAGGACCUGCAGGGGUACGAGAAGGAACGGCUCUCCAUGACGAAGAGCCAUGAAGAGGUAAGGGCACACCUGUCUCUCUCUCUUUUUCUCUGUUUCUCUCUCUGUCUGUCUCUCUCUCCCUCGGUGUAUCUCUUAGUUCAUUCUCUCUCACCCUCUGACCCCUAACCCCUAAGCUGUGACCUCUCUAGGAGCUGUUGUCCAUGCGUGGGGGGAUGAGCGGCCAGGUGAAGGUGGAUGUCCAGGCUGCUAAGAGCCAGGACUUGUCUCUGAUGCUGGCUGAAGUCAGGUCGGAGUACGAGUCGGCCGUGGAGAAAAACCGCAGACAGGCCGAGGCCUGGUACACCAAACAGGUCUGUUACCACGCCAACGCAGGCACUACCACAGGCCAACGUUAAAACAUGUAUCAGAGGUGCUGUAUGUGUGUGUGUGACAUGUCUCUGUGUGUGUGUGUGUGUGUGUGUGUGUGAUGUGUCUCUGUGUGUGUGUGUGACGUGUCUCUCUGUGUGUGUGUGUGUGAUGUGUGUGUGUGUGUGUGAUGUGUCUCUGUGUGUGUGUGUGUGUGUGUGAUGUGUCUCUGUGUGUGUGUGUGUGUGUGUGUUUGUGUGUGUGUGUGUAUGACGUGUCUCUGUGUGUGUGUGUGACGUGUCUCUGUGUGUGUGUGUGUGUGUGUGUGUCAGGUGGAGAUGAAGCAGGCAGAGUCAGCGGUGGUGACUGAGACGACCACUAGGACCACGUCAGAGAUGACAGAGUUACGGAACCGCUACCAGACCCUACAGAUGGAAUACCAGGGUCUACGUAUGGGGGUGAGUCACACACACACACACACACACACAGACACACAGACACACACACACACACACACACACACACACACACACACACACACACACACACACACACACACACACACACACAACACAAUUCAGUCCCAUUCAAAAUCCUAUUUUCCCUAAACCCCUAACCCCUAACCCCUAACACGUACUCUUACACUAACCCUAACCCUAACCCCUAACCCUAACCCUAGCUCCUAAACCUAACCCUAGCUCCUAACCCUAAACCUAAUUCUAACCAUAACACUAAUUCUAACCUUAACCCUAAACCCCCUAGAAAUAGCAUUUGACCUUGUAGGGACCAACAAAAUGUCUGGUGCCCACAAGAACACUUAAACACGUCCACACACACACACACACACACACACACACACACACACACACACACACACACACGUCACACACACACGUCACACACACACAGUCGUAUACAGCUAACCUUGUGGGGACACACAAUUCAGUCCCAUUCAAAAUCCUAUUUUCCCCAAACCCCUAAACCCCUAACCUUAACCCUAACCCGUACUCUUACCCUAACCCUAACCCAAACCCUAAACCUAAUUCUAACCAUAACACUAAUUCUAACCUUAACCCUAAACCCCCUAGAAUAUUUGUUUGUUUACUAUUCUUGUGGGGACCUCCGGUCUCCCCCCACCCCCCACUCUCUCCCUAUACUCCCCAAGUGUCCCCAUUUAUACACAUCCUCUGUUUCCAAUCCCUAUCAUGCUAAAUGUGUGUGUGUGUGUGUGUUUGUGUAUCUGUGUGUGUAUGUGUCCUUCGUGUCUCUCUCUCUGUGUGUCCCCCACCCUCCCAUCCUCCAGAUGGCGAACCUGGAAGCCAGGCUGGUGGAGGUUCAGUCCCAGUUCCAGCAGCGUCUGUCUGGGUAUAGUGGCAAGGUGAUGGGCCUGGAGGGAGAACUGACCUCCAUCAGGGCCAGCACCACUGAGCAGAGACAGGACUACCAGGUACAGUAACCAUACCUCUAUACUGAAUCACUCACAAACAGUGAUUAGGGAUUCAAUCCAAGGCGGGUUACAGAGCAGCGAUACAGACAGCCCACAAUGCGUAAUUUCCCCAGCAUUCACAGAGAUCGCAUCCAUGGUAAGCUCAAUCGUAAAUUACCUCUCCACUUCUCUCCCUCGCUCCCUCUCCCCCUUUCCUCUCUCCCUCACCCCCCCCCCCCCCCCCCUCGCUCUCAACCUCCCCCUCUCUCGCUCGCUCUCCCAGAUCCUUCUGAACAUCAAGAGUCGUCUAGAGAUGGAGAUCCAACAGUAUAAGCAUUUGCUGGAGGGAGCCGGCCUGGGAGGGGGCAUGGUCUCUGGAGGGGCUGACCUGGGAGGGGGCAUGGUGGUCUCUGGAGGGGCUGACCUGGGAGGGGGCAUGGUGGUCUCUGGAGGGGCCGGGAGGUCCUCAGGUAAAACUUGUUAGUUAGUUAGUUAGGAACUCUCUCAGCCCAUGCAUGAAAUGUGAAAUACAAAGUUAUCGAAUCACAGCUCUUAUCAAGUACUGAGUACCACAGUAUGAGUCAUAAAACCCAGAAAUGGUUCCAAUCGUUUUUCCACCAUUGAUUUUUCCAUCUGGGAUUUUAGAACUACUUUUAUAUAAGGUCUGUGUUUCGUGUAGGCUUACACUGGCAUGACGUUUUGAUAACCGUGCAAAUCUCUCUCGGGCAAAGGUAACUUUUAUCAACAAUUAGCAUGCCAAAUGUUUUAGAGUAAAUUGAGGCGAAUAUAUUGGUAAAACUCACACUGUCUGAGAGAAUUACACGGCUAUGAAAACGUCACCCCAAGGUACAACGCAUUCGGAAAGUAUUCAGCCCCCUUGAUUUUGUUACGUUACAGCCUUAUUCUUAAAAUUUAUUAAAUUGUUUCCCCCCCCCCCCCAUCAAUCUACACACAGUACCCCAUAAUGACAAAGCAAAAACAGGUUUUUAGACAUUUUUGCACAAAAAUAAAACAUAAAAAACAGCCUCGAGUCUUCUUUGGUAUGACGCUACAAGCUUGACACACCUGUAUUUGAGGAGUUUCUCCCAUUCUUCUCUGCAGAGCCUCUCAAGCUCUGUCAGGUUGGAUGGGGAGCGUUGCUGCACAGCUAUUUUCAGGUCUCUCCAGAGAUGUUCGAUCGGGUUCAAGUCUGGGCUCUGGCUGGGCCACUCAAGGACAUUCAGAGACUUAUCCCGAAGCCACUCCUGUGUUGUCUUGGCUGUGUGCUUAGGGUCGUUGUCCUGUUGGAAGGUGAACAUUCUCCCCAGUCUGAGGUCCUGAGCGCUCUGGAGCAGGUUUUCAUCAAGGAUCUCUCUGUAAUUUGCUCCGUUCAUCUUUCCAUCGAUCCUGACUAGUCUCCCAGUCCCUGCCGUGGAAAAAUAUCCCCACAGCAUGACGCUGCCACUACCAUGCUUCACCGUAGGGAUGGUGCCAGGUUUCCUCCAGACGUGAUGCUUGGCAUUCAGGCCAAAGAGUUCAAUCUAGGUUUCAUCAGACGAGAGAAUCUUGUUUGUCAUGUUCUGAGAGUCCUUUAGGUGCCUUUUGGCAAACUCCAAGUGGGCUGUCAUAUGCCUUUUACUGAGGAGUGGCUUCCGUCUGGCCACUCUAUCAUAAAGGCCUGAUUGGUGGAGUGCUGCAGAGAUGGUAGUCCUUCUGGAAGGUUCUCCCAUCUCCACAGAGGAACUCUGGAGCUCUGUCAGAGUGACCAUCAGGUUCUUGGUCACCUCCCUGACCAAGGCCCUUCUCCCCCGAUUGCUCAGUUUGGACAGUUCUAGGAAGAGUCUUGGUGGUUCCAAACUUCUUCCAUUUAAGAAUGAUGGAGGCCACUGUGUUCUUUGGGACCUUCAAUGCUGCAGAAAUGUUUUGGUACCCUUCCCAAGAUCUGUGCCCCAACACAGUCCUGUCUCGGAGCUCUACGGACAAUUCCUUCGACCUCAUGGUUUUUGCUGACAUGCACUGUCAACUGUGGGACCUUAUAUAGACAGUGUGCCUUUCCAAAUCAUGUCCAAUCAAUUGAAUUUACCGCAGGUGGAUUCCAAUCAAGUUGUAGAAACAUCUCAAGGAUGAUCAAUGGAAACAGGAUGCACUUGAGCUCAAUUUCGAGUCUCAUAGCAAAGGGUCUGAAUACAUAUGUAAAUAAAGUAUAAAUAAGGUUUUUUAUUUGUAAUAAAUUCGCAAACAUUUCUACAAACCUGUUUUCACUUUGUCAUUAUGGGGUAUUGUGUGUAGAUUGAUGAGGAAAAUAUUUAUUUAACCAAUUUUAGAAUAAGGCUGUAAUGUAACAAAAUGUGGAAAAAGGGAAGGAGACUGAAUACUUUCCCAAUGCACUGUAAGACUACACCAAACACCCACUUCAUUUGAAGUGUUUGUAAAAUUCACGAUGUGAAAAAUGAAUGGCGGAAAAAUCAUUGGAAGCAUUUCCGUGUUUUUACGGGUAAUAAGACGCCCCCCACUGUGACGGACUACUGCUUAAUAUCUAAAUGUUUUAAACGUCUUAUUAACAUGUGUUAUCUAUGUACUCAGGUAAGACUGUUGUGACCAGAACCAUUGUGUCGGAGGUGAAAUCAUCGGGAGGAGUAGUAGGAGGGGUGGAGAUUGGAGGAAGUUCCAUGUUGAUGCGUUCCACUAGCUCUUCCUCCAGCAGUUCUGGGGGCGGGGCAGCCAUGAUGUCAUCAGGAGGCUCCGCAAUGGUGUCCGGCGGGGGAUCAGCCACGGUGUCAUCAGGAGGCGGCACGGCGCAAACAGGAGGAGGCAUGGCGCCAUCAGGAGGAGGCACGGCGCAAACAGGAGGAGGCACCGCGCCAUCAGGAGGAGGCACGGCGCAAACAGGAGGAGGCACGGUGCCAUCAGGAGGAGGCACGGUGCCAUCAGGAGGAGGCACGGCGCCAUCAGGAGGAGGCACGGCGCCAUCAGGAGGCAGCAUUGCGCCAUCAGGAGGAGGCACGGUGUCCGGCAGAGGUUCCACGAUGAUGUCCGGCGGGGGAGCAGCCAUGGAGGGAGGCAUGGUGAUCACUAAGACCACUGUCACAGAGGUCUCCUCUAGCAGUUCAGGAGGAGGUGCAGCCAUGGAGGGAGGCACAGCCGGUGCAGCUACGGUGUCAUCAGCAGGCGGCACGGCACCAUCAGGAGGCGGCACGGCGUCAUCAGGAGGCGGCACAGCGUCAUCAGGAGGCGGCACGGCGUCAUCAGGAGGCGGUAUGGCGCCAUCAGCUGGCAGCACGGCAUCAUCAGCAGGCGGCACAGCGCCAUCAGUAGGCGGCACGGCGCCAUCAGCAGGCGGCACGGCAUCAUCAGCAGGCGGCACGGCGCCUUUAGGAGGCGGCACGGCGCCAUCAGGAGGCGGCACGGCGCCAUCAGGAGGCGGCACGGCGCCAUCAGCAGGCGGCACGGCACCAUCAGGAGGCGGUACGGCAUCAUCAGGAGGUGGUAUGGCGUCAUCAGGAAGCAGCACGGCGUCAUCAGGAGGCGGCACGGCAUCAUCAGGAGGCGGCACGGCAUCAUCAGGAGGCGGUAUGGCAUCAUCAGGAGGCGGUAUGGCAUCAUCAGGAAGUGGCACGGCGUCAUCAGGAGGCGUCGCGAUAGUGUCUGGUGGGGGAGCAGCCACGGUGUCAUCAGGACCAGCCACGGUGUCAUUAGGACCAGCCACGGUGUCAUCAGGACCAGCCACGGUGUCAUCAGGACCAGCCACGGUGUCAUCAGGACCAGCCACGGUGUCAUCAGGACCAGCCACUGUGUCAUCAGGACCAGCCACGGUGUCAUCAGGACCAGCCACGGUGUCAUCAGGAGGUGCCGCGAUGGUGUCCAGUGGGGGAGAAGCCACGGUGUCAUCAGGACCAGCCACUGUGUCACCAGGACCAGCCACAGUGUCAUCAGGACCAGCCACGGUGUCAUCAGGAGGACCCGAAAUGGUGUCCGGCGGGGGAGCAGCCAUGAUGUCAUCAGGAGGCCCUGCAAUGGUGUCCGGCGGGGGAGCAGCCAUGAUGUCAUCAGGAGGCCCUGCAAUGGUGUCCGGCGGGGGAGCAGCCAUGAUGUCAUCAGGAGGCCCUGCAAUGGUGUCCGGCGGGGGAGCAGCCAUGAUGUCAUCAGUAGGCCCUGCAAUGGUGUCCGGCGGGGGAGCAGCCAUGAUGUCAUCAGGAGGCCCUGCAAUGGUGUCCGGCGGGGGAGCAGCCAUGAUGUCAUCAGGAGGCCCUGCAAUGGUGUCCGGCGGGGGAGCAGCCAUGGAGGGAGGCACAGCUACAGUAUCAUCAGGAGGCGGCACUGUGUCCAGCGGAGGUUCCACGAUGAUGUCAUCGGGCGUCGGCAUGACCUCCAGCUUCUCGACCAGCUCCACCAUGGAAGGUGAACAUAGAGAUAUAAUCACUAGACCAGCUCCUCCACCAUGGAAGGUGAACAUAGAGAUAUAAUAACUAGACCAGCUCCUCCACCAUGGAAGGUGAACAUAGAGAUAUAAUCACUAGACCAGCUCCUCCACCAUGGAAGGUGAACAUAGAGAUAUAAUAACUAGACCAGCUCCACCAUGGAAGGUGAACAUAGAGAUAUAAUAACUAGACCAGCUCCUCCACCAUGGAAGGUGAACAUAGAGAUAUAAUAACUAGACCAGCUCCUCCACCAUGGAAGGUGAACAUAGAGAUAUAAUAACUAGACCAGCUCCUCCACCAUGGAAGGUGAACAUAGAGAUAUAAUCAUUAGACCAGCUCCACCAUGGAAGGUGAACAUAGAGAUAUAAUCAUUAGACCAGCUCCACCAUGGAAGGUGAACAUAGAGAUAUAAUAACUAGACCAGCUCCACCAUGGAAGGUGAACAUAGAGAUAUAAUCAUUAGACCAGCUCCACCAUGGAAGGUGAACAUAGAGAUAUAAUCACUAGACCAGCUCCACCAUGGAAGGUGAACAUAGAGAUAUAAUCACUAGACCAGCUCCACCAUGGAAGUUACAACAUUGAAACAAAGAUUUUGCUACUCAAUGUCUCUCUCUCUCUCUCUCUCUCUCUCUCUCUCUCUCUCUCUCUCUCACACACUCUCCUCCAGGUAAAGUCUCUACCGGUGAUAUUACCAUAGUUCCCAUAUAGUGAUUCCCUUCUCUGAUCCACGUCACAACACUCUCCAGGACCACGAAACCCCCUACCCCUACCUCCCCUAA